AUUUAUUGUGUGAAAUGACGUGGAAUAUUCUUGGGAGCGAUUUGUAUUAAGAAAAUAAAAAAAGGAAAUUUGUACACGACAUAAUUUACGAAAUAACCGGAAAAAAGCAAAUAAUAAUUAAGAAAUAAUAACUUUAUAUGUGUACGUUGUGGUAAUAAGAUUAAAUACAAAUAAACAGAAUAAUUAUUGAUUGAAAAAUGUUGACCAACUUCGAGUCGAAAUCGGCCCGUGUGAAGGGGCUGUCUUUUCAUCCCAAACGACCAUGGAUAUUAGUAAGUUUACAUAGUGGUGUAAUUCAGCUGUGGGACUAUCGCAUGCAUACGCUAUUGGAGAAAUUCGAUGAGCAUGAUGGUCCAGUACGUGGCGUAGCAUUUCAUCAGCAAAUGCCGUUGUUUGUUUCCGGUGGUGAUGAUUACAAAAUCAAAGUAUGGAACUAUAAGCAGCGUCGUUGCAUCUUCACGUUGCUUGCUCAUUUAGAUUAUGUGCGUACCGUGGCAUUUCACCACGAAUAUCCUUGGAUUCUUAGCGCUUCUGAUGAUCAGACUAUUCGUAUUUGGAAUUGGCAGUCGCGUAACUGUAUUUGUGUGUUAACAGGUCAUAAUCACUAUGUAAUGUGCGCUCAGUUCCAUCCCACUGAAGAUCAGAUUGUAUCUGCUUCGCUAGAUCAAACAGUACGCGUUUGGGAUAUAUCGGGUCUUCGUAAGAAAAAUGUUGCACCCGGUCCCGGAGGAUUGGAUGAUCAUUUAAAGGGACAUCCCGGCACCGCCGAUCUAUUUGGACAGGCAGAUGCUGUUGUAAAACAUGUCUUAGAGGGACACGAUCGUGGUGUAAACUGGGCCAGUUUCCACCCGACGUUGCCGUUAAUAGUUUCAGGCGCAGACGAUCGAUUGGUCAAACUUUGGCGCAUGAACGAAUACAAAGCUUGGGAGGUCGAUACAUGCCGUGGUCACUACAACAAUGUUUCAUGUGUUCUAUUUCAUCCACGUCAAGAUCUCAUCAUUUCAAAUGGUGAAGAUCGUAGUAUCCGUGUUUGGGACAUGACAAAACGCCAAUGUUUGUAUACAUUCCGUCGUGAUGGUGAACGUUUUUGGGUUUUAACAGCUCAUCCCACGUUAAAUUUGUUUGCAGCUGGCCAUGAUGGAGGCAUGGUCGUUUUUAAAUUGGAACGGGAACGUCCGGCAUAUGCUGUCCACGGAAACAUUCUUUAUUAUGUAAAAGAACGUUUUCUGCGAAAAUUGGACUUUACCACCACCAAGGAUACCGUAGUUAUGCAAUUGCGCGGCGGUGGUAAGUCCCCAGUGCACAGCAUGUCAUAUAAUCCAGCUUUAAAUGCUGUUCUCGUAUGCACACGCACCAACAACUUGGAAAAUAGCACAUACGAUUUGUGUCAAAUACCCAAAGAUGCCGAAUCUCAAAGUGAAAAUGACAGUAAACGUUCUUCUGGUAUAACUGCCAUUUGGGUCGCACGCAAUCGAUUUGCUGUUCUAGACCGCAAUCAGCAACUUGUUAUUAAGAACUUUAAAAAUGAAGUGACCAAAAAGAUACCAACAUUCUGCGAAGAGAUAUUUUAUGCUGGCACUGGAAUGCUGCUAAUACGUGAUCCUGAAUUUGUGACUCUUUAUGAAGUUCAACGUUUAGUGUCUGUGGGCAGUAUUAAGCUGGCGAAAUGUCGUUAUGUUGUUUGGUCUCCAGACAUGUCGCUGGUAGCACUACUGUGCAAGCAUUCGGUUACUAUCUGCGAUAGACGUUUGCAGUAUUUGUGUACCAUUCAGGAGAAUUGCCGUGUCAAAUCGGGCGCUUGGGAUGAUUCUGGAGUGUUUAUUUAUACCACCAGCAACCACAUUAAGUAUGCAUUGACAAAUGGUGAUCAUGGAAUUAUUCGAACACUAGAUCUGCCCAUAUAUUUGACACGAGUCAAAGGCAACCAAGUAUUUUGUUUAGAUCGUGAGUGCCGCACUCGUGUGCUGCAUAUCGACCCAACCGAAUAUAAAUUUAAGCUGGCCCUUAUCAACCGCAAAUAUGACGAAGUACUGCAUAUGGUCCGAAAUGCCCGCUUGGUUGGUCAAAGCAUUAUUGCUUAUUUGCAACAGAAGGGCUAUCCAGAGGUGGCCCUACAUUUCGUAAAAGAUGAGAAAACACGAUUUGGUCUUGCCCUCGAAUGCGGUAAUAUAGAAAUAGCCCUCGAGGCCGCUAAAGCCCUCGAUGACAAGGAGUGUUGGGAUCGACUAGGCCAGGCAGCGCUUCUGCAGGGAAACCAUCAAAUUGUGGAGAUGUGCUACCAACGCACCAAGAAUUUUGACAAAUUAAGUUUCCUUUAUCUUAUUACGGGUAACUUGGAGAAACUUCGCAAAAUGAACAAGAUUGCGGAAAUCAGAAAAGAUGUAUCGGCUCAGUAUCAGGGAGCCCUACUUUUGGGAGAUGUCAAAGAACGCGUCAAUGUCCUAAAGAAUUGCGGACAGAUGUCAUUAGCCUACCUGACUGCAGCCACACAUGGUCUUGAGGAACAGGCAGCUGCAUUAGGUGAAGUUAUAGCCCAGGAAGGAAAUACUUUGCCCGAAGUAAACCACAAUGCUACUUUGCUGAAGCCACCAGUUCCAAUACAACAGGUCGAAACCAACUGGCCUCUGUUAAGUGUAUCCAAGGGUUUCUUUGAAGGCGCCAUGUUGACUCGUGCAAGCACUAGUGCCACAGCAAGACAGGCACUAAAUGUUAAUGCUGAUGCAGCCCUAGAUGUUUCGGCAGGCGAUGGUUGGGGUGCUGAUGCUGAUUUGGGUCUGGACGACGAUGGUGACGACGAAAUGCAUGACGCGGAAGAAGGUGGUGCUGUCGAAGGCGCUGGAGAAGAUGGAGCUGGCUGGGAUGUAGGCGAUGAUGAUUUGGUGGUGCCUGAAGAGUUGGCCUCGAAAAUAAAAGCCUCUGCCCUUGACAGUGGAUAUUAUGCUGCUCCAAACAGAGGACAAUCUCCACCACAACACUGGGCAAACCACUCGCCUUUAGUAUUGGAUCAUGUAAAAGCAGGCUCAUUUGAAACUGCAUUCCGUUUGCUUAACGAACAGUUGGGAAUAGUCGACUUCCAGCCUUUCAAGAUGCUCUUUAUGCAAAACUACAGUUGCUCCAAAACAAGCUUUACCGCCAUGCCCAAUUUACAGUCAUUAACAGCCUAUCCUUUACGCAAUUAUGCCGAAAGUAAUGCCAAACAACAGCGACCUGCGUUGGGUAUAAAGUUGAAUGACUUGGUGCAAAGACUUCAAGCUGGCUAUCAAAUGACCACUGCUGGAAAAUUCUCCGAGGCCGUUGAAAAAUUCCAUUCAAUCUUAUUAAGCAUUCCCUUCUUGGUUGUCGAAACUAAACAAGAUAUAGCCGAAGCCCAACAGUUGCUAAAGAUCUGUGCAGAGUACAUACUGGGAUUGAAAAUGGAAACAAUACGUAAAGGUCUACCCAAAUCAACUUUGGAAGAACAGAAGAGAUUAUGUGAAAUGGCAGCCUACUUUACACACUGCAAACUACAGCCAGUACAUCAAAUACUUACUCUGCGCACUGCUCUCAACAUGUUCUUUAAACUGAAGAAUUACAAGACGGCAGCCUCAUUUGCAAGACGUUUAUUAGAAUUGGGACCACGUCCCGAAGUGGCUCAACAAGUUCGUAAAAUCUUACAAGCUUGUGAAGUCAACCCCGUCGAUGAACAUCAUCUGCAAUACGAAGAAUUCAAUCCAUUUAGCGUAUGUGCCAUCAGCUUUAAACCCCUGUAUCGUGGUAAACCCGAAGUGAACUGUCCCUUCUGCGCCUCAUCGUACGAUCCUCAAUACAAGAACCAGAUAUGCACCGUCUGUGAAGUGAGCCAAAUUGGCAAGGAUUCUAUUGGAUUACGGAUAUCUAAUCUUCAAUUUCGUUAGACUAUUAUUAUAAUGCAAUAUUAUUAAAAACGCAUACGUACAUAUUUCAAAUGUUUAGCUUUCAUUCAUUAAAUGUAUGUAUGACUUUAACUUUUUUUCAAGUGUCCAACAAUAAUUAUUUUAUAAAAAACACGAUUUAAACGAUUCCACACUAUUAUAAUUAUUACUAUGUGUCUAAUACAUAAUUUUACUUUAAAAAUAAAUAUACUACAUACAUAAUUAUCAAAUAAUCAGUAUUUAUUUUGGAUCUUUCUUUAAUUACUCGAAAUAUCAAAAACGCUAAAAUAAACCAAAUUUUAAAUAAAAAGCUACACAAUUCAAAAAGUAA